UAACGCUAUAACGUUUGUGAUAUUUUGAUGUAAUUAAAAAAAUUGACAUUUAACAGAAAAACAAACUAAUUGACGAUCAACGAUCAAAUCAAUUAAUAUAUAAAUCAGAUUUUCAGAGAUUAUUUUUGCCUAGCUGCUUGUUUAUCUCUUUUUGUUUUGUCUGUUUUCAACGAUCGAUAAUCGAGAAAAAUGAAAUUCUUAUCAACAUUUUUGCUGUUGUUGGCUAUGUUUGGCAUAGCGUUCGUCAAUACCAAACCAAACAAUGAUCGCAAUGAAUUGAUUAAAAAAUAUGAACAACUAAUACAACAAGCAAAAGAUGUAUUGAAAAAAUAUUCAACAAUAAAAAAUCAUCAAGAUUAUAAAAUGAUUGAAAAACAAAUCAGACAAUUAAAUGAAUUGCGAGAAUCAGUUCAUUUUAAUUCAGAUGAUGAUUUACAAUCAGAUAAACAACAAUACGAAAUAGAAAAGAAAAAAACGGAGGAAAUGAUUGAAAAAUUGGAGCAACAUAAAUCAUCAAAUGCCAAUUCUUCGCUUACUAAUAAUGUAAAAAAAUUUGAUAAAGAUAAAAUGAUUGAACGUUGCGAUGUUCUAUUGAAACAAGCAAAUGAUGCAUUUGAUAAAUAUAAAAAAACCGAUGAUAAUGAUUUGAUUAGAAAAAAAUUACGACAAUGUGUUGUUGAUUUGGCUAAAUUAAAAAGUAAAAUACGUUAUUCACAUCCAACUGAAAAUCUAGUGAUUGAAGAAUCCAAUCUAAAAUCAUAUGAAAAAAAAGUACCCGAUUUGAUUGAACAAUUAAACAAUAAUCCAAUGAAACAAUGACUGAUAAUGAUGAUGAUGAAAAAGUAAUAAAUAAAAGUUGACAUUUUAA